AUGGCUCUCAUCAAGCUGUUUCUCGCCACAUUGGCGAUCCACUCGGCAUGUGGAAUGUACUCCAAGAAGGACGAUGUUGUUGAACUGACCGAAGCCAACUUCCAAUCAAAGGUUCUCAACUCUGACGACAUCUGGAUUGUUGAAUUCUAUGCUCCAUGGUGCGGACACUGCAAGAACCUCGUUCCGGAAUACAAGAAGGCCGCUACUGCUCUGAAGGGGAUCGCCAAGGUUGGAGCUGUCGAUAUGACUCAACACCAAUCCGUCGGACAACCCUACAAUGUUCAAGGAUUCCCAACACUCAAGAUCUUCGGAGCUGACAAGAAGAAGCCAACUGAUUUCAAUGGACAAAGAACCGCUCAGGCCAUCACCGAGUCCCUCCUCGCUGAGGCCAAAAAGACUGUCGCUGCCCGUCUUGGAGGAAAGUCUACUGGAGGAAACAGUGGAUCCGGAUCUGGAAAGCGCGGAGGUGGUGGAUCUGGAAACGAUGUUGUCGAGCUCACCGAUGCCAACUUCGACGAGCUUGUUCUCAACAGCAAGGACAUCUGGCUUGUUGAAUUCUUCGCCCCAUGGUGCGGACAUUGCAAGAGCCUCGAGCCACAAUGGAAGGCUGCUGCUUCUGAAUUGAAGGGCAAGGUUCGUCUUGGAGCCCUUGACGCCACUGUUCACACUGUUGCUGCCAACAAGUUCGCUAUCCGUGGAUUCCCAACCAUCAAGUACUUUGCCCCAGGAUCUGACGCUUCUGAUGCUCAAGACUACGACGGAGGACGUCAAUCUUCCGAUAUCGUCGCCUGGGCUUCCGCUAAAGCACAAGAGAACAUGCCAGCUCCAGAGAUUCUUGAGGGGGUCAACCAACAAGUAGUUGAGGAUGCCUGCAAGGAGAAACAACUUUGCAUCUUUGCUUUCCUUCCACACAUUCUCGACUGCCAAUCUGAGUGCAGAAACAACUACUUGGCCAUGCUCAAGGAGCAAUCUGAGAAAUUCAAGAAAAACCUUUGGGGAUGGAUCUGGGUUGAGGGAGCUUCCCAGCCAGCACUUGAGGAGGCUUUCGAGGUCGGAGGUUUUGGAUAUCCAGCCAUGACUGCUUUGAACUUCCGCAAGAGCAAGUACGCCGUUCUCAAGGGAUCGUUCGGAAAGGACGGAAUCCACGAGUUCCUCCGUGAUCUUUCUUACGGAAAAGGACGUACUUCUUCCCUCAGAGGAAACGCUUUCCCAAAGAUUGAGAAGACCGAGAAGUGGGACGGAAAGGACGGAGCCCUUCCAGCCGAAGACGACAUCGAUCUGUCCGACAUUGACCUCGACAAGACCGAGCUUUAA